AUGCAGAACCAUGGAGAUGGAAACCUCUCAGAGCUCUCUUUGCAGGAGUUUGUGCUAGUAGGAUUUGAGGGUGGACUGGAGACCCAAGUUCUGCUGUUUGCUGUGUUCCUUGUCCUGUACAUGGUGACAGUGCUGGGGAACCUAACUAUGAUCGUGGUCAUCACUCUGGAUGCCCGCCUCCACUCCCCCAUGUACUUCUUCCUCAAGAACCUCUCCUUCCUAGACCUCUGCUACUCCUCUGUCAUCGCCCCUAAGGCCUUGGCCAACUUCUUCUCCUCAACCAAGGUCAUCACCUUCGCUGGCUGUGCUACCCAGUUCUUCUUCUUCUCCCUGCUGGUCACCACUGAGGGCUUCCUCCUAGCUGUCAUGGCCUAUGACCGCUUUAUGGCCAUCUGCAAACCCCUAAGAUACCCAGUCACCAUGCGUCCCUCAGCCUGUGCCCGCCUGGUGGUAGGCACCUACUGUGGAGGCUGCCUCAACUCCAUCGUGCAGACCAGCCUCACCUUCCGCCUCCCGUUCUGCAGCUCACACCGCAUUGAUCACUUUUUCUGUGACGUGCCUCCACUGCUGCGGAUCGCCUGCACCAACACAGCCCUCAAUGAGCUGGUCAUGUUUGGCAUAUGUGGGCUGAUCAUUGUGGGCACCACUCUCGUGGUUCUCAUCUCCUAUGGCUACAUCACAGUGACCAUUCUGAGGAUGAGCUCAGGGACUGGAAGACACAAGGUCUUCUCCACCUGUGGCUCCCAUAUGACUGCUGUGUCCCUGUUCUAUGGGACCGUCUUUGUGAUGUAUGCCCAGCCAGGGGCUGUGGAGUCCAUGGAACAGGGCAAGGUGGUGUCUGUCUUCUACACCCUAGUCAUCCCCAUGCUCAAUCCCCUCAUCUACAGUCUGCGGAACAAGGACGUGAAGGACGCCCUGAGGAGACUGGGCCGGAAGCACACAGCCACGUGA